AUGAAGAUCAAAGGCAAACCAUCGACACCACGCAGCCGCUUCUUGGAGCUUCCUGUAGAAGUGCGGCAGAUCAUCCUCACAUAUGUGCUGCUCCCGCUGGAUCGUUACAUCUAUCUCAGCCCGAAGCAAUCAUGGGUAGAACUGGACCGGGCAAAGACGCUCGCCUGCUCGCCUGUCUUGCUCGUGUGUCGGAAAGUCCACGCCGAAGCAGUGCAACUCAUGUAUCUGCGGGCCACCAUCGUUCUCUAUGCUCAACCGGGCUUCUUGGUACUGCCAUCACGGCUUCCGCACCGAAAGCUCGUUCGCCGUCUUGACAUCGGUAUCCCCAUGGCAGAGCAGCAAUCCGGCCUUUCGUCUGCCCGCCUCAAGGCCAAGAUUUACCUUCCUGCUGCUCCGGACCGGCUGCUGUCACAACUUCAAUCCGUAUUCCCUCAAGCUCGAGACAUUUCCCUCACUCUCUGCGCAAUUCCUCCGAGAGCAGUCCCGUACAUGUCGUCCCUGUCAGGGGCCACUGUUUGUGAUCUACGUGCUCUCCUCCUCCAUUCACUCCUGAGCCACAAAAUAACCAGACUGCGCUACCAGCUGACUGACAAACUGUCCUACGAGCUGUUUGAUCUGGGCCAACAUGGCUCUCAAGAAGUGCUGAAGGAACGGGUCGGACGCGCAGGCGAACUGCCCAAUUUGAAACAAGUCGAAUUCUACUUCACCACGCCAUUGUCCAAGCCGACACACAACAGGCCGAUCAUGUGGGCUGCGAGGACGGCCCCGGUGUCAAGUACGACCAUACUACACCGAAGCCUUCGACAAGAGCGGGGCAGGAUGAGAUCCCUUGGGGAGGUGUUGCCAGGUGUGUUUCCCCAGGUCGAGAGCUUGAGACUCUGUCGGAUGUUAUAUUGGCGUGGCAAUAUCUCGUAUGAGCUCAUCGACAUGAGAGAACCUGAGGAUUUGGUGGUGCCAAAGCUGCUGAGAAGAAGAACCAUUGGUGCUGACAGUGCAGAACAUGGGCACGCCAGAUUUCGGGCGUGA